CCCAGGAAAGGCACCAAAAUCCAAUUCAUCGAUCUACUACCAACCUGAACUGCAAAAUGGAACCACCCUUACUGUUUGAUAACAGUGGCUCAGGUCCACUUCUAGUUCCGGGGUUCGAUGGUAUUCCCCUGGAGUAUGAACUCGAUAUCGACCAUCGCUUUGCUCAUGCGGCACAGGAGGAUUUUGGAAGAAAAUCGAUCAGGCUCACCGCACCCGAGAUUCAGAUGAUACGUCUCAUGGAGCGAAUUACGGAUAUCAAGGGCUGGGAGUACCAUGUCUUCGAUGAGGAUUCUCUUGCGCAAUGGCGUGCAGAGGCAUCUUCUUACGCGGAUCUUGAUUCGCAUACGGACCAAGAUGUCGACAUGGACCUGGUUACUACCCGAGCAUGGCUCUGGUGCGUUGCCGAGCUCCAAGAUAAAGCCAAAGCCUUCCGUGACACUGGCCAUGUUGUGGUCCUCAAUGCAGACUCCGGCGUAUGCAAAGCCGAUCGGGCCGUGUCUGAAGCCGUGAGAUAUCAGCUCCAAGACGCAUUUGAUCACCUGCCAAAGAGUGCGACUCACGAUCUGGUGGACCCGUCACUCUACAUGCUUAUCUAUGGCCGAACUACGGUUCUCAGUCAGAGUGGUCGGGUUUCUCUUGCAGAGGGCUCGAGCUUGUACCCCCCUUCCAUCAAUCCUGGACAGACGGCACCUCGGCACGAUCACCCUUUGAGCAUAAUCGCUCCAUUUCCCAUAGGAUUACGCUAUCCUGACGAAGAAUUGAAAUAUAAACAGGUUUCAUCUUCCUCUCAGUGGCUACCUUGCGAGGUUGAGUUUGCUGAGUCUUCGGGGACGGCAGUACGGAUCACAUCGUAUAUUAAUAACCUCCACCCAAGCAACACUCAAGCGUAUGCUACUAUUGAGAAGCUAAUCUCCCUGGCUAUAGGACCUUGGAAUGAUGUCCUAGUAAAAGGCGUUCGAGGUCGCAUGCCUCGGCGCAUCUAUACAUAUGGUGUCACGGACAGGGACAAAGCUCCAAUGAAUGAAUGCCCCCCGGAGGACGUGCUCCCACGUCAGUGGAAUAAGGACAUAACUCGACGCUCCUGGACCCAUGAAGAAUGGGCAGACCAUUGUGCCAAGGUGAAAGACUAUCUGCAGUUGCUGGAUGUGGAUCCGAAAUAUCGAGUAUUUCCACCCGAGCCCGAAGAUCCACCACAGACUGAAGACCUUCUGGGUUUGAUGACGCCGGAAAUGUGGGCGUCUCCCAAAAGCGUCGAGGAGAUCAUAUGGGCUAAAUGGAGGCGCCUUCACCGAUUUUCAUACCCCGAACCGGGGGUUUCCUAUUCAUACGAAGACUGGAAGCUGGGCAAGACCGCGGACCCAAUUCUCGGUCCGUGGAAGUCUCGAAGUGAGUAUGAACUGCCUCGAGAGCACGAAUACUACUCUGUGUCGCUAGAAGAUCAGUUCCGGCAACAGGGCCUGCAGGUGAUUGUCCGAGUCUUUAGCAUCGAUCUGACAAGCGAUGAGCCCCAUUAUUCCGGGGAUCCGGAUUUUCACGUUGAUGGCAUGCUCAACGAACAUAUUGUCGCCACCGCUCACUUCUGUUAUAGCUCGGAGAAUAUAACCGAAUCACGCAUUUCAUACCAACAGGAUGACGACCUCACUCUUUCUGGCCACCAAAAGGACCCCUUCUGCAUGUACAAACUUUACGGUCUGCCCCCUUCCCCAAGCUUGGGCGAGGAACCCGGUGCUCUCCAGCUUCAAACACUAGGAUCAGUCGCCAUCACUACCGGUCGCUUUCUCACUUGGUCGAAUACAUUGCGAUACAAAAAACAUCCGUUCUCCCUGCGAGACCCAAGUCGCCUGGGACAUCAGCGGUGUGUCGUCUUGUGGCUGGUUGAUCCUCAUUAUCGGAUUUGCUCGACCCGAAAUGUCCCCCCUCAGCAGCAUGAUUGGUGGCGCAAUGCUGUGUUGGCGAAUCCCACCAGGUUAACAUCACUCCCAAUAGAGCUACUGGAUAUGAUAAUGAAAGAAACAGGAUCCUGGCCAAUGCAUCUUUCCGAGGCCUUGCAGUACAAAAGAAGGUCGGAUAAAGAGAGAGAGGAGGCCCUUCAAGCGCAAAUUUCGGGUUUUCAGGAGUACAUGUUCUGGUAUGAACUUGAUUACUGCUGAACGGGUUUGUACACACUUAUUCCCGACUCGAUGAAAUGGAUGCAGGUUGGUCGUAGACCACAAUACCUCGGCUUUUGUUGAUGAAAAAUGCUAUCUAUAUAACCUAUCCUACCCACGGAAGUGGCAAAGCACGUCAUUUUGAACUCCGAUGGGAUCUACCUAUCUAUCCACCUUUCUAAUCACUCCUCUGGUCGGAGGAUAUCUCUUUUGGUAUAGGUCUAGUUCGGAGCUUUUUACGAUUUAUCAUCACCGCUUGAAUACUUACCCGGAUGAUAUCCUCAGAUUGUGGGUAAGCAUAGAUAAACGGUUAAAUGUAAGUUAGCAUGUGGGUCUGCUGUGGGUUUACCCAGUGGAUCCUGGAGCCUGGAGCCUAUCUACCUAUCUACAAGACGCUUUGAACAAUGCUUAUCUGUGUUGGGGAUUGUUUGUCUGAAAUGCUAAUUAUUGUUGGGAUGGGAAGGUGAUUAUGUGG